CGAAGCAGACGACACUUCGGACGCCCUGAAACUUUUGCUGUACGCGAGGUGCGAGAAAAACCGGGUAGCAUGUACCUGACUCUUGUCAUCGUGCUCUUCGCUCUGCUUCUCUUUUACAGAUAUCUCAAGGAGAACUACAAACUUUUUAUCAAAGAUGGCGUAGAUGGUCCAACGCCUGUCUAUAUUUUCGGAAACCUCGGAGAGUUUGCCGGCAAGGAUCCCCUUCAGACGUUUACAGAACUAACAAAGCGCUUUGGCAAAGUAUUCGGGUUCUACCAGGGGUUGACUCCAAGCAUUGUUGUGUCGGAUCCUGAUCUUAUUCAGCAGAUCCUUGUCAAGAACUUUUCCAAGUUCAACGGCAGGCCGCGCUAUUUACCUUUCCGCCACUUCGAAGAGAAUGAAAUUCCACAGAACCUCAGUGGAAGCAAAUGGAAACAUAUGCGUGAAGUUAUGAUGCCGGCGUUUAAGAAUACGAAUAUCCAAAAGGUGUUUCCCGGAUUACUUCACGUUGCUGACCAGUUUGUUGAUGAGCUGCAGCGGUUGGUCUUGAAACACCCGCAAGGAUUCGACAUCCAAAACCUCAAUGAGUGUUAUGCGCUCGAUUCCGUGGCGUUUACAGCCCUCGGCCUUGAGACCAAAGCCAUAGCCCAUGGAAAGGAAUGCAUGAUGCUGCGAUACCUGAAGGCGUGGGAAGAUUCUGCUUCAUCUGAAAACGCGGCUUCUGGUCUAGCCCUUGCGUAUCAAUGUUUGGAAGUCUUGAAGAUAGUGGACAUAAAGCACAAGCGACUGGCCAAAGAAUAUUUUGAUUGUCUUUCCCAUCAUAUGGAAUCAGAGCGACAAAAGAUGAAUACCUCUGCACGACCAAAAAGCAUGUUGCAACACCUGCUAACGUAUAACACCACCAGCAAGGACCAUGCCAGCAAAACCGUGCGCAGCCCGCUGACCACCACCGAGAUCCUGAGCAUGGCUUCUGGCAUUGUCGUGGGAGGGGUGAGCCCCACUGCUGCGGUCCUCGGCUUCACGCUCCACUGCCUGGCUGUCCAUCCACGCCACCAGGAGAAGUUGCGGAAAGAAGUGCUGAACGUUUGCGGAGAGGAGGGAAACUUUACUAUUGAACAGGUGCGAGAAAUAGACUACUUAGACCAGGUCAUCAAUGAAUCUCUGAGAUUUUAUCCUACUGCUCCAGGUGUGGCCCGCACCUGUUCAGAGGACUGCGUAGUGAACGGCGUUCAGUUUCGAGCGGGUACAGAGGUUCGUCUAAUGGGAAUUACACAAUACAAGGACCCAGAGAUCUUCCCAGACCCCCUAACCUUCAAACCUGAGAGGUUUUCAAAAGAAGAAAAAUCAAUACAUCCCGGUUCUUGGUUUCCGUUCGGCGCCGGUCCUCGCAUGUGUAUGGGAAUGCACCUGGCCCAGCUGCAGCUCAAAGUAGCAAUCAUCAAGCUCCUUCAGAACUUUGAGAUCUCGACCUCUGACUUAACGCAAGAUCCCCUGCCGGUGACAUUGCGCCCACACUUGAGCCCCAGAAAUGGUGUUCACAUUCGACUGACGAGAAUCGCUCGCUGAAGACUUGAGAAACAUUGUACAAUAUUUAGUCUCGGCACCUGUGUUGGUAAAGGGAGGCUAUUACUGGGAGGUUACUAGUAUAUGCUAGUAACAAAAAUAUCCAGAGUUGUGUCCCUUGUUACUAAGCGAGUGCCCUGCCACACAACGAAGGUGAGAAGGGAGAAAGUUAUCUUCCUUCACUCUGUGCUGGUGCAGCGUCGCUUCGAACACAAACGACAUACCCGAUUCGUUUAGGCAAGAAGAAGGAAUCUUUGAUAGUCUCAUGAUUCCUGUUUCCCUCUUUCUUUCCAGGAAUGUUUCCACAAAGCGAAUGAGCUGUGUCGAUGGACAUUCUUCAGCUAUGACUAUUUGCUACUGAUGAUUCACAUUAUAUUUGCUGUAAUGACGAUAACAACUUGCAGUGUUUUUAAGGCAGCUCGAACAAUAUGUAAAUAAUACAUGAUAAUAGAUAAGGUUGUGUGUGUGUGUGCGUUUGGACUCUUUUUUUUUUUUCUGCGAGAACACAUAUAGGUAGAUAAGUUGUGAACAAAAGUAAGUGUUUGUGGGCAUGUGUUUUGAGUGCUUUUACUGUAUGUGAUUUUGUUUCAUAUACAACAUACAUACAAAGAACAACUAACAGCAAAUCAUUUUAUACCAUAAAUAUUAUCUUUAUAAUAAAAAAUGUGACCU